UACCUCCCAGUGUUGAGGGGGGGGCUCGGGCACGUCCGCUGUUGUGCUAACUCAGGCCAGAUGUGCAGGAGCUGAAUCAGGUGUUGGGAGGAAAAAAAUAAUUUUUUGUAUGCAGCAUUUGGACACUUCCACCCUGGGCACCCCUUUGAUGGACUGCGAGCGCUCAAGAUUAACUUAGACCUCCAAGUCUUUUCGGGGUAACAUGGUUUCUGAUCGCAGUUCUCACGAGAAACGUCCUACUGUUGACCCGCCUUGUCCACAGCUGGCCAAGUCCGAACUGAUUUCUAGCGGACGCAGUCUGCCACCUGCUCCUGCGCGUUCCUGGACCCUCUUGGGAUGCUUUAACACACACAUAACUGACACAGGACGGGGGGGCCUCCAUUGUCUUCCAAUAAGGCUUGAGAACCAGGACGCCCUCCGAGCCUUCAGUCCGGUUGACCGGACAGCGAGGGGAUAUCGACUGACCGUGGGGGUGGGUGGCGGCUUUGAUCACGACGGCCGUUGCUGAAUGGGACGUGGCAUUGGAGGGCGAGGGUCCGGCUGGGGGUUGCCACGCUGCUUCCUCCGUGUGUGGUCCACUUUGACGAGCAGCACCACAAUGAAAAACCGCAGCAAAGGACACGUGUAAAGGACAUUAAAGGAGGUUAGCGUGCGUCUGCACGUGUGUGUGUAUGUCUGCGUGUGUAUAACUCAUGGUGAGAUGUGGUUGCGUGUGAAUCAAGCUUCUGACAGAAGCGUUGCAGGCUGAUGCUUAAAUCACAAAGUCCACCAAGCGAUGACUGCUGAGCUGACCAAUAUAUGAACACAAAUGGUGCAGCUACACAUGUAGACAUUCAAUAAGACAGUUCUCACAGUGAUAUUCUUUAUCCUUGGUGAGCCGAUACUGAUGCAUAGAUACUGUACAGAUGCGCAUGUGCAGUCGUCGGCGUUAACCUACAUAACGUCGCACGGGUAAUUGCGUUGAACUGUAACCGUCCGCGGUUUGCGGGUGAAACAAAGUGUGUGUUUACAUCCCGUGGGAGCAGCCAGCCUCUCAUGCAAUAUCCUAGAGUGGGAGGGGAGGGGCCAAGACCGAGAAGAAGAGGGUGAGGGGUAACUCCUUGCAGAAACCUGAUGCCGCUUCGGGCACUUUAAAGGAGGAAGAUGGUCCUCUCAUUGAAGGCCGGGAGGAGCGUGUGUGUGCGUGUGAGUGUGUGACUGCAUGUGUGCUUGCACGCGGCGGGCUCACACAGUCAGCAGAGCACGGCCAGGCAGGAGCUGCUUCAGGAAGAAGGAGAAUGAAUGAAUGAGUGGACGAAGGAGAUCGCUGUGGACGCCGUGAGCGUGGCCCUGUGGGUGGAGUCGACCAGCAAAAAGUCCGAGAAAAUCGUGGACAUGGCUGACGUGAUGGAGAGCGGCAGCGGCGGCGGUGUCGCGGGAGCUCCCGGCGUGGAUUGGCAGAAGCGCUGCGCGGCUCUGGAGAUGCAGCUGCUGAGGUUCCGGAUCCAAGCCGGUAAAAUCCGGGAGCUGCUGGGCGAGAAGAUGCAGGAGCUGGAGCAGCGGGCGAUCGAGGCCGACCAACGAGCAGAGAGCGCCGAGAAACAGAUCCACAACAUGGAAGAAAAACUCAAGUCGUCAAACAUCCAUAGCUGCGAGUCCGAAAGCUUAGUGUACAGGAAGUACCAAGACCUGAUGGCCCGGGUCCAAGCAAAAGAUGCCACCAUCAAGAAAUUAGAGAUCCAGCUGGAAAAGCAGAUCUUAGUCAGAGCCCAGGAGGCCAAAAUAAUUGAGGAGAAGGCUGCCAAGAUUAAAGACUGGGUGAAGAUGAAGCUCCAGGAGAUGGAGCAAGAGAACCAACACCUUAAACAGGCCAAGUCGAAGCAGACGGAGCAGAUCGCGUUGCUGCAAGACAAACUACAAGCUCUUUUAGAGAAAACGGCCACCAGUCCCGCCGGAUCCCCAAAGUCUGAGCUCAGACUCGCACCUAAAAGCCCAGCGGUGCCUCGCUCACCCUCCACCAACAACCCCUUUCCCAAUCCCGCCCAGUCGGGCGCCAGCAUGACCUUACCCAAGAUCCGGACACCACUCACCCCCAGGGACAGCAUCCAGCUGGUGAAGAAGCAUUUGAGCCAGCCCCAGCACAACCUGGAUCGACUCCACCAGCUGGUCAGCAUCGACAUUAUGACGCCCUCGUCCACUUGCUCCACCCUCACCACCAGCGCGUCGCCCGUCUCCCAGCCAGUCGAGGAAACGGACAUUGACGACACGCUCCUGGACAGCAUGGACGGCGUGGUAGAAGGAUCCGAAUCAGAGCGUGACGGAGUCCCCCAUGUGGGUCUUGCAGAGGAACUGGAGAGACUGGAUCCUGAUGUUGUGAAACCACCGACGCCUCCCUUGCGUCGCUUCCCUUCCUGGGAAAGUCGAAUCUAUGCCGUGGCCAAGGCUGGAAUGAGAGUAUCUGAGGCAUCACCUGGAGCCAGGUGCCAAGGUCGAGGUUCCAUUUUGCCCCAGUGUCCAGCGGCCAGUCCUUUUGCGCAGUUGAUUUACAAGAACAUCAGCGUUCCGGUCUACACCACACUGAAAGGGAAAGCCACUCAGAUCAGCGCUGUGCCUCUGCGGGACAACGACGACUCGGGUUCAGAGGACGACAGCGGCUCCCUGGCCAGCUUGCGGACCUCUGUGCUGAGUCCAGACAAGCGGGCCGGCGUUCCCGGCAGCCCUCGUGCUGUCAAGAGAGGUGUCUCCAUGUCCUCCAUCAGCUCGGAGAGCGACUACGCUAUCCCGCCUGACGCCUGCUCCCUGGACAGCGACUACUCGGAACCAGAGCACAAAGUCCAGAGGACCUCUUCUUACUCUUGUGAGAGCACAGGGCCCGAGACGCUGGAGAAAUCUGGCUACCUGUUGAAGAUGAGCAGUCAGGUGAAGGCGUGGAAGCGGCGCUGGUUCAUCCUCAGGAACGGCGAGAUUCUCUACUACAAGACACCCAGCGACGUCAUCAGGAAACCUCAAGGUCAGAUUGAGCUCAACUCGUCUUGCCGAAUCGUCCGUGAAGAAGGAGCGCAAACCUUUCAAUUGAUCACAGAGAAAAAGACUUUCUACCUGACGGCGGAUUCGCCUAACAUCCUGGAGGAGUGGAUCCGGGUCUUGCAGAACAUCUUGAAAGUUCAGGCCAGCAGCCCAGUCAGCGUGGGGCCCACCUAUGACAAGCCCACUGUGACAGGCUGGCUCACUAAGGUCAAACAUGGGCGUUCCAAGCUGGUGUGGUGUUCUUUGGUCGGAAAGGUCUUCUACUACUAUCGCAACCAAGAAGAUAAACUGCCACUGGGCCAGCUGCAAUUGCGCUCGGCGUCCGUCCAGGAAGUGGACCGCUCGUGCGACUCGGAUGAGGACUACGAGGCAGGCCUUGGCGGCGGCUUCCUUUCGUCACAUUGCACCCUGGUGGUGAAGCCCGGCGACCAGAGCCCCUCAUACCUCCUCGUCGGCACCAAACAGGAAAAGGAUGCGUGGCUGUACCACUUGAGCGUGGCAGCGGGAAGCGGCGCCAACUUGAAGGUGGGCACAGAGUGCGAGCAGCUUAUCGGUAGACUGUUGGAUGCAGAUGGAGACACAGAAAGCAGCCUGUGGCAGAGUGAUGCUUUGAGCUUCUCCAAGGAAGGUCUCCGCUCGCCGCUCACCACGCUGCCCUCGGACGCCCUACAGACGGAAGCUCUCAAGCUCUUCAAGUCAUGCCAGCUGUUCAUCAACGUGCUGGUGGAGUCUCCGUGCGUGGACUACCACACGUCGUUGGCACAGAACGCCCUGCAAGUGUGCCUGUCGCACCAGGAGCUCCACAACGAGAUGUUCUGCCAGCUCAUCAAGCAGACCAACCGCCGCACGACGCACGACUACUCUGUCACGCAGUGCUGGCAGCUGCUGUCGUUGUGUGUGGCGCUCUUCCUCCCCCAGCAGCACUUCCUGUGGUACCUCAGGCAGCACCUGCACCGAAACGCUGACCCCAGUAGCGACGUGGGCAAGUACGCCGUGUACUGUCAGCGCUCAGUCGAGCGGACGCUGCGCAACGGCGAGCGGGAGGCCAGACCAUCACGCAUGGAGAUCGUCUCCAUCCUGCUGAGGAACCCCUACCACCAUUCCCUGCCCUUCAGCAUCCCGGUGCACUUUAUGAACAACACGUACCAAGUUGUGGGUUUUGAUGGCUCCACCACCGUGGACGAGUUCCUCAACACGCUGAACCAGAGGAUCGGCAUGCGGAGCCCGCAGCUGUCCGGCUUUGCGCUCUUUACCGACGACCCGUCCGGAAAAGACCUGGAGCACUGCUUGCUGCCCCCCGCUAAGAUUUGCGAUGUUAUUUCCAAGUGGGAGCAGGCCCUGAAGGAGCAACACCCAGCGAAGAACGAGGGAACGCGGAUUGUACGGUUGACUUACAAGAACAGGCUUUGCUUCCGCUCUCAAGUCAAAGGCGAGACGGAGGGCGAGCGCCUCCUGUUGGCUUACCAGGUGAACGACAACGUGCAGCAGGGCUAUUUCCCCGUCAACAAGGAACUGGCGCUGGAGGUGGCUGCCCUCAUGGCGCAGGUUGAGCACGGCGAUCUGGAGCGAGCGCCCUCCUCACCCGCCUCCUCCCCUCAAGCCAAGUCUCAGUUGAUGCUCCUGCAGGCAUUAGAGCGCUUCUACCCCAAACGUUACAAACACAACUGCAGCGCCGAGCAGCUCAAGGAGCUGAGCGAGCGUCUGUCGGCCAAGUGGUCCGCGCUACGUGGCUGCAGCGCGACCGAGUGUGUGAGAAUUUACCUGACGGUGGCGCGCAGGUCGCUGUUGUUUGGGGCCAAACUCUUCAACGUCAAGGCCGUGCCGCCCGCCCCUCACGAACAGGCCUGGGUGGCGGUCAACGAGGACGGGCUAUGCGUGCUGGACUACGCUAUGCACACACUGUCCUCAUACGCCUACCAGUCGAUAAUCACCUUUGGCGGCUGCUGUGACGACUUCAUGGUGGUCGCCAGCCAGCAGAAGGAGCCGGGAGGCGAGACCAAGGGCGUGACCAAGCUGCUGUUCGCCAUGACCAGACCAAAAAUCCUGGAACUGACUCUGCUCAUGGCCAGCUAUAUGAACCACCGGACCCCGGCUGCCCCUUGCGUCUCAAAGCAGCAGUGGGACGUCGACGCUCGCCACUUUCCCGCCAUGAACUACACCACCCAGGUCCCCACGCUACUCUGACCACCGUGGCGAAGAGUGCCUCGCUCAAAUUGCUUUUCUUUGUUUUUAACCAGAUACCUAAUGAAGAUAUGUCACAAAGGUACAAUCAUUAGGUAAGCUAGCUAGCUAGCUUGGAUUAAUUAACAUUUUUCUCACUGCACGGUAUCAACUUAGCUUGAAAUUCUGAUGCAAGAGUAGCUUCUAUGAGGUACUAUUUCUUUGUCUAUGUUCUUUCUUGGUCACCCGUGGUAUUGGGGGCUUAGACUGAAGAAAAUUCUCAAAAACGCUAAACUUUUUGAAUUAAUGUUGUAAUUUAAGAACACUUGUUUGUCAGUUACUGUUUGUGUGUCCCAUGAAAAUAAAGCGGUACAGUU